UGAGAUGUUAAGUCUUACUAUGUCCAACGUUAAAGACUGUGUUGGUCCCUAAACGCGUCUCGUCGUAAAGAGGGUCUAGCUGAUGGGUGCUUUUCACUUAAAAUGUGCAAGGUAGCUAAGUUAUGCGAGGUUGCGUAACGAGGCUGAACUAUAUAUCUCUCUCCUGUGUCAGGAAGGAAAGCUCUGUGGAAUUAUAUGAUGUAUACUCACCCUGAAAAAUUGGUAUAUAUUCAGUAGCUCCAUAAUACAUUAGGGGCGCUGAACGGUUCGACACGUUCUCGUUUAUUUGAUAUAAACAUUAAAAACUCAGGUCUGGCGCUCAUAAAACUCACGGCUGUCACGUAACACAGACACGUAAUUGGGAGUUUGGGCCGGGUGUCGAUCUAGCCGCAAUAAACGAGCGUGAUAGAAAUGUGGCUUUGUUGCGUGAUUAUUUAAUAUUAUCGAGUGAUUAGUAUUACGUGAUGCCUUUUAUAGAUAGUCGGAAAAGCUAUGUAUGAAUUGAUCACCAUCGAUUAUAAUUUAUACUAUCUGGUAAAUUUUAUUGCUAUAUUUUAUCAAUAGAAGAUUGUAUUUGAAAGAAAUGUGUAGUGAUACGGAAUGACUAUAUUGCACUGAAGUACAUUGCAUGACUUAAACGAGCUGAAGAAUUUCUUAAUUUAUCGGGACAGGUGAAAUGUUUACGAAAUUUAUAAAUGACACUAUACACCAGGGGUGGCCAACUUGUUAAGACCCAAGAUCUACUUUUCACUGAUGAUACUCUGUGCGAUCUACCAAGCUACAUACAUCUUGGAAUCUAAAAUGAAACAACACAGUUCAGUGCACAAUUUAUUAUUAUUUUGAUUAAAAAAUUAUACAAGACGAUGCGUGCAGCAGUUAGUGAUUAGGUAUGUUGCGCGAUCUGUUCUACGUAUUUAUAUUUUUGCCUUGCCACGAUCGACCGGUUGGCCACCCCUGCUGUACAUUAUUACUGUAUUAAAGCUCUCGUAUAACAGAAAUUAUCCAACUUCUUGCCAGGUGUUAAGGGUCGUUAAAAUCCCAUUGGGUCUCGCAGAUCCGGUGUUUUUACCUAACUACGACCCUGCACGUUUUUACGAUUAUUCUUCGUGUAAUCUUAUGGUCUUAUUCAUAAUAAAACCCUUAUCGAAGGUAUAAAUCGAAAAUAGUUAAAACGUCCUAUAAGCUUAUCGAGCCUUCGAUAAAAUUUCUUAUUCAUAAUAGUUUCAUAAACCUCCGAUAACAAAAAGGCCUUUAAAUGUGCACAAUGUUGCCACUUCGUAGAAAAAAAUAAUUUAAAUAAGUUCUACCUAUUACAACUAAGUUUUGUCUCUGGAAACAGACAAAAAAAAUUGUCAAUCAUUUGUCAAAAACGUCAAGAAAGUCUAAUUACCACUAAUUACUAACUAAAAGAGAAUUCAAUUUGUUGUUGCAACAACCGAAAUUUAAAAAUAUGCAGCAAGCAUCAAAAAAACGGCAGAGGGGUGAAAACUGGCUUGAGGAAGACAAGUUUUAAUAAUAUGUGUAAAGGUUCCCCACGUUCAGUAGUGCAGCUGAAGGCACAGUGGGGCCUUUUAAAAAUGAAAGCCAAAAAAAUGAAAUCAGAAGAAAAGAAAGAGUUAACAAAGACUGGUGGUGGCCCACCACCAGUAAUACCAGGAGUCAGUAGCGAAGACAUUAGCAGCUGGCUGCCUAAUGAAUUCGUUACUGACAACAAUGAAUUUGAUUCUGAUAGCAUUAAUCAGAUGAGAAUUAGGCCACCAGAAGAGAAAAUAAAAGAGGUAACAGUUGUGCCGCCACCAAAUGCAGCGUCACCUGAAAAAAUAAAGGAGAUGACUGUUGCGGCUCCCUCAAAACCAUCUCCAGGGGCUUCAGGCUCAAAACCAAAAAAAAAUACAAUUUUAAAAAAAAAGGUUCUUAAAGUUUGUCGCACACAAGCAGAGCAAAUAGCCGAUUUAGAAAUGCAAUGCAGAAAAGAACUGCAUUCUAUACAAAUGGAGAACGAAAACCAGAAAAUAAAAUUUUAUUACUAAAAGAAACUUUAAUUAAAGAUAAAAUUAAAUAUUUGGCUGCAAAAUAUAAUAAUAACUAAACUAUAUGAUGUUUUAUUAUUACCUUUGGGUGUGAACCUCAUUCAUUGAAGUGCCUAGCUAUAAAAGCCUGCAAAAUGGCAUAAUUUCUACCCCGCCUAGGGUUUGGGUCAGCGUCAAUCAUAAUAGAUGGUGACACCUCUUCCAUAUUGGACACACUUUCCUCUGUAGCAUAUGGC